AUGGCGGUGGGCUACCACCCCCGCAUGGAAGGCCCCUCCGCCAUUCCGCGGCCCAGCGGAAUACCUACUUUGAGGCACUCGAGCGUUGGCGCCGUCACGGGUGCUGGUCAACGGCACCGUCAUGUCGUUGGAACCGACGAGUUGACGGUGGGAACCGCCAUUCCCCUGCCAGGAGACCCGGGACCGUUUUACCUGGGCGAGUGGCGGAAGAGCUCAGAGACGCAUCAGCACGGGGAACCGCAAAAUGCAUGGGCGGAUCAAAAGGCGGCGGAGGCGCAGCAGGCAUGGGAGACGGAAAAAGCAUGGGAGGCCCAAAAGCCGGCGGAGGCGCAAAGGGCGGAGGAGGCGCAAAAGGCGGAGGAGGCGCAAAAGGCAGAAGCGGCGCAAAAGGCAGCGGAUCUGAAGCGGAGGGUAAAGGAGCUGGAGCGAGCUAGCCGCGAGCAGGAGAAGGAACUGACGUCGCUGAGAUCCCAGAAAAUUGCAGCAGAGCAGAGCCUUCGACGGGAAAAGGAAGCUUCCGCGUUGCUGCAGCAGAUGUUACAGCAGGAGCGGGAGGCGAAGGCGGUGAUGCUAGCGGCGCGAGAGGACGAGGCUGCCGAGAUCGACGGAGAGAAACGCGCUUUGAUUGCGCGGAGCAGGCAGCUAGCAGCGCGGGUGGAGCGAGCGGAGGAGCGAAUGGAGGGGCUGGAGCAGGAGAAGGAGGCCGUCAUACUCGAUCGCGACGCGAUUGCUAUGGAGUCGGAGGUGCUGGUGGAGCGACUCGGGGAGGUGGAACAGAUGGUGGAGAUGCUUCGGCAGGAGAACGUGAAUCUCGAGGCAGAGCUGUUGGCCGCACAGCGGUCCCGAGAUACGUACUGGACGCACAAGACCUUCACGUCCCCAUUUGCACUCAACCCAACCACUCUCAACUCCGUCCCACAGCUGCUGAAGCAGCAGCUCGCGUUUGGCACAGUGUACGAGUGCCCGCCUCUGCUCGCAUCAGCGUCCAUGUCAGCAUCCACGUCACAGCACGGUGGGCUCGACAUGGUGCGAGCAGCCAGCAUUGCCAGUGGGGCCCCUUGUACUGCUAAUGCUGCUGCUGCUGGUGGCGCAUUCAGUGCAGCAGGGGGGUUUGACUCAGCAGGCAUGCGCAGGAGUGGGAGCUUCAAUGCAUGCCAGUCAUCGUCUUCUGCUCUCCUCACGCGCAGCCUCUCGAGCAACACGGCGGAGCACAGGGCACGGCAGGCCAGCAGCGGCAUGCUGGCAGCGGCAGCUGCAGUUAGUGGUGGUGGUGGCAGGAGUGAGAUCCUGAAUGGAGCUGCAGGCCUGGCUGCCGUGCAUGAGGGCCCUGAAUGA